GACGUCAUCGACAUCAUGAACACACCCAUAAAUUUGUAUGAGGUCAGCUUGACGUCACGACGAACGUGAAGGUGAAUAUAUUCGCAGAUCUCGGUUAAUAUGAUUGACGGUGAGGAUCCCCGGGAUUUCUAGUUCAUCUUCGAUAAGCCACACCUACGGAGCAUAAGUGGCUGUUAAAAUAUCAUAAGUCAGAGUGAUGAAUUAUAUUAGUCGGCUCAAACGAAGCUAUUUAGGGUGUUCUUAUCUGAGGGAUCUAGAGACUAGAGCAUAGGUCUGGUGAAUAGCCUCAUUUUCAAAGUGGGGAAGACAGUGAAACAGACUGAUAGAAUGAAGGCAGCUUUUAAUUUUAUAUAACAGGAUACAGCUUCAACUAGAAUCAAAAUUACCUGGUGAGUUCGUCACGAAACGCUCCUCGGAAUGAUUAACCUCAAAAUGCCCGAGCUGAGACAUUGUCGGAGACGAAUUGCGCAAUUCUUUACGUGCCUUUUCUUUCUGUUAUUGGGUAAUCACGCCGAAUUGCGCGCAAAAUGACCCCGCAUAUUGGUAAGCAGCCUCCGUCGAUGCCGGUAGAAACCUUGGGUCCGUAGAUAUAAGUUGAAGUCGUGAGGCCGGGGUAAUCGUAUUUUAUAUCAAGUAUCACAUCUACAGCCCACACUGUCUUGGUCUACUCCUCCAAAACCCCUUAAGAAAAUGGCGACACCAAAGAUUAAGUUGUAUACGAACCAUCGUUGCCCAUGGGCUCACCGAGCGCACAUCUCUCUUGCCGAGCUCGGGCUGCCGUUCGAAGAGGAGAUCAUUGACUUGAGCACCCCCCGUACUGCCGAGUAUCUAAAGAUCAACCCUCGGGGUUUAGUUCCGUCUAUUGAAUAUAACGGAGAGAUCCUCACCGAGUCGGGUAUUAUCUCUGACUUCUUGGCCGACGCUCACCCGUCUCAUCUUAUCCCGGUUUCAAAUGCCCCUGGUGGAGCCUUGCAACGUGCUAGGAUCGCCUUCUUCGUCGAUACUUUUAUCUCAAAGGUGAACAGUAACUUCUUCAAGGCCUCGUUCGCCAAGAACGACGAUGAAGUAGAAGGCUUUGUCAAAGAGUACGUCGAUGCGGUCGUGAAGGAACUCGAGCCCCUCCUCGCCAAUGCCGCACCUUUCUUCAACGGCAGCGACAAGCUUACGCAGGCCGAGGUUUUGACGGGGAGCUUCGUCAUACGACUUUUCACACUACCAAAGCAUGGCAUCUUGCCUGCGCACAUACUCACCGAUAUCUCCGCCAAGGCCCCUAACUUCUACAGAUGGGGAGAAGCUGUUUCCAAGCAUCCCAGCGUGACAGGAAUAUACAACGAAGAAGACAUCGUAAAGAGUACGAAGGAGAGACUAGCUAAACUACGAGCAGCUUGAGCGUAAUCGUCGCAGCGCACCUUCUUGGCCAGAGCGUAUGAUUUAGGAUCCGGUGAUAGGACCUAUCCUCUAAUUUAUAUUUUACGAUGAGA